GGGACGGUCCGGGGGGUCCCGUCGUCGGAAGCGGGGGACGGUCCCGGCCCCGGGGUGCCCGUCGGGGAGCCCGGCGCCGACGGCGGCGGGUGCGGGGGGGUUGGCGCGAGGCGGGGCGGGGCCGGGGGCGGGGCCGGGCGUGGCAGGGGCGGGGCGGGGCCGGGCGGCGCGGAGCGGGGCGCGCACCCGCGAUGACCAUCGGCGGCCCCCGCGGCCGGCACCCCCGCCUCCAGAUGCCCUGUCUGCGCAAGGUGAGACGGCACCGGCCCCGGCACCGGCCCCACGGGGAGCGGGCACCGCGCCGGACACCGCACCGCGCACCGUGGGGACCGGAUGGAGCGGAUGAUUGUCAGCAUGCAGGACCCCGACAUGGGCAUCAAGAUGAGGAACCAGCGCCUGCUCAUCACCGUCAUCCCCCACGCCAUGACAGGGAAUGACAUCGUGGAGUGGCUCAUCCAGAAGUACGGCAUCUCCGAGGAGGAGUCGCUGCACCUCGGCAACCUCAUCGUGAAGCACGGCUACAUCUACCCCCUCAAAGACCCCCGCAGCCUGGUGCUGCGGGCGGACGAGUCGCCAUACCGAUUCCAGACCCCCUAUUUCUGGACCAGCACCAAGUGGCCGGCCACGGAGCUGGACUACGCCAUUUACCUGGCCAAGAAGAACAUCCGCAAGCAGGGCGACCUGAUCGAGCACGAGAAGGACAACUACAACCUCCUGCACAAGCGGAUCAACCACACGUGGGACUUCGUGGUGAUGCAGGCGCGGGAGCAGCUGCGGGCGGCCAAGCAGCGGCGGAAGGGCGACCGCAUCGUCAUCGACUGCCAGGAGCAGGCGUACUGGCUCGUCAACCGGCCCCCGCCAGGAGCCCCCAACGUGCUGGAGCAGGGGCCCGAGCGCAGGAACCGCCACACCACCCGCGUCCAGCUGACCAAGAACAUGGAUUACUACAAGCGGGAGAUCGAGUACUGCAGGAAGGCCAUGGCCAGGACCAGGGUGAAGUCCUCCAUCUGCCUCGAGGGGUACAUCAAGUUCAACGAGCAGUACGUGCCCCACGACCCCAUCAUGUCCGGCUGCCUGCCCAGCAACCCCUGGAUCACGGACGACACCACGUACUGGACCAUGAAUGCCCCCACGGUGCCGAUCCCCACGAAGCUGCGUGUGGAGCGCUGGGGGUUCAACUUCAGCGAGCUCCUCACCGACCCCUUGGGCCGGGCGCAACUCCUCGACUUCCUCAAGAAGGAGUUCAGCGCCGAGAACCUGAGCUUCUGGGAGGCAUGUGAGGAGCUGCGCUACGGGGAGCAGUCCCGCAUCACCGAGAUCGUGGACUCCAUCUACCAGCAGUUCCUGGCCCCCGGAGCCACGCGCUGGGUGAACAUCGACAGCAAGACCAUGGAGCGGACGCUGGAAGGCAUCAAGACACCCCACCGCUACGUGAUGGACGAUGCCCAGAUGCACAUCUACAUGCUGAUGAAGAAGGACUCCUACCCGCGGUUCCUCAAGUCGGAGCUCUACAGGAACCUCCUGGCCGAGGCCAUCAUCCCCCCGGAGACCAAGAAGAGGGUCUUCCCCUUCAUGCGCAAGCAGCGGCACUCCAGCCCCAGCCCGGCCCUGCUCCUGCCGGCGGGCGACGCUGAGGAGAGGAGCAGGGUCCCCGCGGCUGCCCCCGUCCCCGAGGAGGAGAGCUGAGGACCCCGGACCCCCACCAACAUGGGAGCCCCCUGCCCAGCACGCCCUGGCCAGCAGUAGCACUGAAGGAGAGAAGCCAUAUGACGCCCCCGCAGCAGCCCCGGGGCCAGGCUGGCCCCGCUGCAGCCCUCGCUCACAUCCCCACACCCUCCUCUCCCUUGGGGUGGGGGGGAGCCCACACCCAGCCGGCCUGGUGCUGGGUCACCCCCUACUCCUGUCCCCCCCGGGCA